AUCAAUUUUGUGAAGGCUGAGUUGAGGAAGAUGCAGAAAGAUCUGAAUUCAGAUCACCCAGAAUACUUAGAAAGUCAGAGGGAGGAUGAGAAGGAGUUGGACAGGGAGGAAGUUGAGAAGAGCAGGAGCAGCAGAGAGGCAUUUCUGAAGAUCACGCUGCACUUCCUGCGGAGAAUGAAGCAGGAGCACAAAUCUGGCCUGAAGGACAAGUUCCAGUGUUUGUUUGAGGGGAUUGCUAAAGCAGGAAACCCAACCCUUCUGAAUCAGAUCUACACACCGCUCUACAUCACAGAGGGAUGGACUGCAGAGGUCAAUGAUGAACAUGAGGUCAGACAGAUUGAAAUAGCAUCCAGGAAACCAGUCACACCAGAAACAACCAUCAGACAUGAAGACAUCUUUAAAGCCUCACCUGGAAGAGAUGAACCAAUCAGAACAGUGAUGACAAAGGGAGUGGCUGGCAUUGGGAAAACAGUCUUAACACAGAAGUUCACUCUGGACUGGGCUGAAGACAAAUCCAACCAGGACAUACACUUCACAUUUCCAUUCACUUUCAGAGAGCUGAAUGUGUUGAAAGAGAAGAAGUACAGCUUGGUACAACUUGUUCAUCACUUCUUUACUGAAACCAAAGAAGCAGGAAUCUGCAGGUUUGAAGAGUUCCAGGUUGUGUUCAUCUUUGACGGUCUGGAUGAGUGUCACCUUCCUCUGGACUUUGACAACAAUGAGAUCCUGACUGAUGUUACACAGUCCACCUCAGUGGAUGUGCUGCUGACAAACCUUAUCAGGGGGAAAUUGCUUCCCUCUGCUCGCCUCUGGAUAACCACACGACCCGCAGCAGCCAAUCAGAUCCCUUCAGAGUGUGUCGACAUGGUGACAGAGGUCAGGGGGUUCAAUGACCCACAAAAGGUGGAGUACUUCAGGAAGAGAUUCAGGGAUGAGGAGCAGGCCAGAACUAUCAUCUCCCACAUCAAGACAUCACGAAGCCUCCACAUCAUGUGCCACAUCCCAGUCUUCUGCUGGAUCACUGCUACAGUUCUGGAGGGUGUGUUGAAAAGCAGAGAGAAUGGAGACUUGCCCAAGACCCUGACUGAGAUGUACAUCCACUUUCUGGUGGUUCAGUCCAAACUGAAGAAGGUCAAGUAUGAUGGAGGAGCUGAGACAGAUCCACACUGGAAUCCAGAGAGCAGGAAGAUGAUCGAGUGUCUUGGAAAACUGGCUUUUGAGCAGCUGCAGAAAGGCAACCUGAUCUUCUAUGAAUCAGACCUGACAGAGUGUGUCAUCGAUAUCAGAGCAGCCUCAGUGUACUCAGGAGUGUUCACACAGGUCUUUAAAGAGGAGAGAGGGCUGUACCAAGAAAAGGUGUUCUGCUUCGUCCAUCUGAGCGUUCAGGAGUUUCUGGCUGCUCUUCAUGUCCAUCUGACGUUCAUCAACUCUGGAGUCAAUCUGCUAGUAGAAGAACAAACAUCCCAGAGGUCUGAAGAUAAACAAAAAUCUGUACUGACACAGGUCUACCAGAGUGCUGUGGACAAGGCCUUACAGAGUCCAAAUGGACAUCUGGAUUUGUUCCUCCGAUUCCUCAUGGGUCUUUCACUGCAGACCAAUCAGAAUCUCCUACGAGGCCUGCUGACACAGGCAGGAAGUAGCUCACAGACCAAUCAGGAAACAGUCAAGUACAUCAAGAAGAAGAUCAAUGAGGAUCUGUCUGCAGAGAGAAGCAUCAAUCUGUUCCACUGUCUGAAUGAACUCAAUGAUUGUUCUCUAGUGGAGGAGAUCCAACAGUACCUGAGUUCAGGAAGUCUCUCCACAGAUGAACUGUCUCCUGCUCAAUGGUCAACCCUGGUCUUCAUCUUACUGUCAUCAGAUAAAGAUCUGGACAUGUUUGACCUGAAGAAAUACUCUGCUUCAGAAGAGGCUCUUCUGAAACUGCUGCCAGUGGUCAAAGCCUCCAAAAAAGCUCUGCUCAGUGUCUGUAACCUGUCAGAGAGAAGCUGUGCAGCUCUGUCUUCAGUUCUCGGUUCCCAAUCGUGUUGUCUGAGAGAGCUGGACCUGAGUAACAACAGCCUGCAGGAUUCAGGAGCAAAGAUGCUGUCUGUAGGACUUGAAAGUCCACACUGUACACUGGAAACUCUCAGACUGUCUGGAUGUCUGAUUAAGGAAGAAGGCUGUGCUUCUCUGGCCUCAGCCGUGAGCUCUAACCCCUCCCAUCUGAGAGAGCUGGAUCUCAGCUACAAUCAACCAGGAGACUCAGCAGUGAGGCUGCUAAAUGCUGGAGUGGAGGAUCCACACUGGAGUCUGGACACCCUCAGAGUGCAGCCUGCUGGAGACCGAUGGUUGACACCAGGUCUGAGGAAGUAUGCUUGUGAACUCACGCUGGAUUCAAACACAGUAAACACAAAACUCAAACUGUCUGACAACAACAGGAAGGUGACAUAUGUGGAGGAGGAUCAGUCGUAUCCUGAUCAUCCAGACAGAUUUGAAGUCUGGCCUCAGCUGCUGUGUAGAGAUAGUCUGACUGGUCGCUGUUACUGGGAGGUUGAGUGGAGUGGCAAGGUUUACGUAUCAGUGACUUACAGAGGAAUCAGAAAGAGAGGGCACAGUAAUGACUGCAGGUUUGGAGGGAAUGAUCAGUCCUGGAGUCUGUACUGCUCUGAUAGUGGUUACUCUAUCAAUUGCAAUAAUACUGGAGUAGUCAUCCCCUCCUCCUCCUCGUCCUCCUCCGUCUCUAACAGAGUAGCAGUGUAUGUGGACUAUCCUGCUGGCACUCUCUCCUUUUACAAAGUCUCCUCUGACGCACUGAUCCACCUCUACACCUUCAACACCACAUUCACUCAACCUCUUUAUCCUGGGUUUGGAUUUGGAUUUGGGGUAGGGUUCUGGGCUGGUAAGUGUGGCUCCUCAUUGUCUCUGUGUUCUCUGUAA